UGCUGCCGGUUGCAGUAAAAAGCGAGGAAACCUUUGCUUCACAACGCCAAUCCGAUGUACUGCACACAAUCGGUUUAAGUGUAACAUACUUUUUAACAGAUUCACCUAAUUAGUCACGAUAAGUUGUGAACUUAUUUUUCCCUGCAAAUCUAUAAUUUGAAAUUAAACUUUACACAAACGCGCGUGAUGCAACGCAAAGAAGUACUAGAAUGUUUAUAGACCGCCUGGCUGUCAUACUUCGGUUUCGGGUUUGAUCGGAACAAAAAGUCGACAUCGAUACCAGCACGUGUAUUUGUUUUGAUUCGAGCCGAAACCGUAGUUUGUCGUGUGGAAGCGAAUGCUAUGUUGCUAUCAGAAUAAGUUCAACGUUUUUGUAUUAAGUUUGUUGAAUCUUUGCACAACCAUGAAGUUAAAGGAAAUAUUCGAGGUGCAAAAGCACUAUAAAGCAUUCUACACCGGCGGAGCGGUUCAGUGGAGUGCAGACGGGCAAGAGAUACUUUGCCAGAAUUCCGGAGCUAUAAGUUUGGUAACGGUUGCAGAAAGUGACGCCAUCGAGGACACGAUAACAUUCAAUGAAAACGAAGAGGAUGUUAUCAGUACUUUUGCGCUAAGUAAGAAUAAUCAGAACAUAAUAUCUGCUCACCGCUCCAGUUUGUUAAAGCUUUGGGACAAGCAAAAUAAAGAAGUUAUUAAAAUGUGGAAAGGACUACACCAGGGACCUAUCACUAAACUAGUAUUUAGCGAGGAUGACUUGUUAGUUGCUAGUGGCGGAUCAGAUACGCUUGUUCGUGUUUGGAGCCCUAACGAGCAAGUCUGCAAAGGUACCCUUAGGGGAUGCCAAGGCGUUAUAAAUUUGCUUGUGUUCCAUCCCGAUGUUGAGAGUAAAACUCUACUGGCAGCGGGCGAUGAUGUAAAAAUCAAUGCUUGGAAUUAUGAGACGAGAGAAUUGACAAAAACAUUUACUGGACACUUCUCCAAAGUCACGGCUGUUUCGUUCGCAGAUGAUCGAAAGUAUAUUGUAUCUUCUGGUAGAGAUAAAAUAUUAAUUCUUUGGGAUUAUGAAUCCCAAAAAGCUAUUAAAACAAUUCCAGUUUACGAGGCUCUGGAAAGCGUAGUUGUCUUACCGGUAGGAACUACCUUCCAAGGAAAAAAGCUGAAAAAGGAAAAGAUUUACGCUGCAUGUGCUGGCGAAGAAGGCAUCAUCAAAGUGUGGGAAAUGACUGAAACUAGAAUAGUGUAUAAACAAUCCAAUAGUCUGGUGACAAGAGCAGUAGAAGAUGGAGGAUUGGCCAUCACAAAUUUGUUACUUAACUCAAACACCAUGCAGUUAGCCAUUGUUAGUGCAGAUCACAAUAUAAUUAUACACGAUUUAACAUCGUUAGAUUGCGUCAAACAACUUUCUGGAUUCAGUGAUGAAAUUCUAGAUUUGAUCCUUUGUGGAAAGGAUGGUCGCUAUCUUGGAAUGGCCACUAACAGCAACGACUUUAAAGUGUAUGAUACAACCACAAUGAACUGUCAGCUCGUGAAAGGACAUACAGAAAUUGUAUUGUCUCUUUCUGCAAACGAUCAACACAUCCUAUCAUCGUCAAAAGAUAAUUCUAUUCGAUUGUGGUCCUACGACGCAAACAAAUUUUUGAUUCAAUGUGUUGCUAUUGGCUUGAAGCAUACCAAUUCCGUAGGAAGUGUCGCUCUUAGUAAGCUAUCUGGAAAGUUUUGCGUUAGUGUAAGUCAAGACAAAUGCUUGAAACUGUGGAAAAUACCUAAGGAAUUCAAUGAUACACAAGACGACAAAGAAAUAACUCGACUAAACUGUUUAUUGACGGAACUUGCCCAUGAAAAGGACAUUAAUAGUGUGAGUAUAUCGCCUAAUGACGAAUUUGUUGCUACAGGAUCGCAAGAUAAAACUGCAAAACUAUGGGAUGUUAAAACACUGAACUUGAUUGGUGUCUUUCGAGGCCAUCGUCGAGGAAUUUGGGCUGUUCGGUUUUCACCGGUCGAUCAAAUACUCCUUACCAAUGCUGCUGAUUGUUGCAUUAAGUUGUGGUCCUUGACCGACAUGACUUGCCUCAAAACCCUCGAAGGGCAUGAGAGUUCUGUUUUACGGGUAGAAUUUCUUUCCAAUGGUAUGCAGCUGUUAUCUGCAGGAGCUGAUGGAUUACUGAAGCUAUGGUCCAUCAAAACAUCCGAGUGCGUCCAGACUAUGGACAAACAUGAAAGCCGAAUCUGGGCAAUAUGUAUUUCGGAAGAUGAGUCUGAGUUUUACAGUGGUGGUUCGGAUUCCCAGCUUAUAAAAUGGAAAGAUGUUACGGACGAAAAACGCGAGAAAGAGCAAACCCAGCGGAACGAAAUUCUCCUACAGGAACAAGAGUUGAGCAACUUAGUGAAUGACAAAAAAAUGCUAAAAGCCCUGCGGCUGUCGCUGAAUCUGGACCGUCCUCUCAUGACGCUAAAAAUUAUUACCGCCAUCAUAAAAUCCCAGGAACAAGGUCUAUCCACAACGGUACAAAAACUACGCGAUGAUCACAAGCAAACGUUAUUGAAGCACGCCGUGGAGUGGAACACGAACAGCAAAAACUGCCGUCCAGCUCAACUAGUUUUAAACAUUUUGCUGCAAGAAAUGCUGUCAGGUAAUUUCCAUGCUGCUGAACUGAAUAAGUAUCUGGAAGCCGCUCUGCCUUACACCGAAAGGCAUUUCAAACGCAUGACCGAGUAUGCAAAGGAUUUGAAAUUUAUUGAGUAUACAUUACAUUGUAUGCAGCCACAUGCAGUUGCCCAAGACAGCAAUAAAAAUCCGGAACCGUAGAUACGAUUAGAA